AUGGCAUCUUUCGAGGCAACCAUUAGCCUGAAUCAAUCUCCUUCGGCGUUCAUUGAACGCAUUUACAAGGAGUUGCUCACAGAAGAGGCGAAAAGCCUUACAAUCUCCAAUCUCCAGAGCAAGCUGGACAUUCUGGAGACUUAUUGGGAGAAAUUUGAAAGCACCCACGAGAAGCUCAUAGCAAGCAGCGGCAAGAUUGAAGGUGUCCUUGAAUUGCCGUACUUCAAGGACAAAUGCUUCGACUUCACGAUCGGGUUUUAUCACGAAGCUCGCGGUACGUUGAAUCAGCUCAUUGACAAAAAGGGGGUCUCAGACUCAUCUCGUCGGUCUCUCGCAUCUGGUACAGCUCAACCGACUUACUCAAAGCGUUAUCUCCCCGAGAUUUCGCUGCCUAAAUUCGGAGGGGCUUACGCGGAUUGGCGCUCUUUUCGCGAUCUUUUCGCAUCUUUGGUUGGCUCAAACACGGAUCUCUCUAACGUGGAGAAGAUGCAUUAUCUCCGCACAAGUCUCUCCGGAGAGUCAGCUCAGCGGAUCGCGGACUUGACAAUUUCGGAUGAGUCGUUCUCGAUCGCUUGGGACCAGCUCUUAUCUCGCUAUGAGAAUAAGCGACUACUCAUUUCAGCUCAUUUGGAGCAGCUUCUCAGUCCCCCAGCUAUGACAGCUCACAGCGCCAAGGAACUGAAUGCCCUUCUCACCACCGUCAGCGAAGCUCUGAAUGCUUUGGAAGCUCUGGGAUCUCCGACAGCUCAGUGGGAUCAGGUCAUCGUUCAUACGGUCUCUCAAAGGCUCAGCUCCAAGCUUCGUGAAGCCUGGGAGGUCAAGGUCGGCUCAUCAUCGGAGUAUCCUUCUUUCAAGGAUUUCAAGGAAUUCCUCACUGGGAGAGCACGUGCGAUGGAGAGUAUCGAGAUCAACUCGACUCCUCGUGCGACUACCACGAAGCCUUCCACGGUCAGCUCAUCUAGGCAAGCACCAUCUGCGAAGGUUCACCACGGCGCCGCUCAACCAACACAGAGGUCUAGACCCGCUCAAAGGUCCGCUCCAACGGGGAAGGUCACGUAUCCGUGCUCCACGUGUGAGGCGGAUCACUACCUCACGUCCUGCUCAUCCUUCCGUCAGCUCACCGUGCCAGCUCGUAGGGAGGUAGUAGAGAAGCCCUACCUCUGCUACAACUGCCUGGGACGACACUCGGUCAGGGACUGCAGGUCAAAGACCACCUGCCAGUACUGUGGGAAGCUCCACCACUCGAUGCUGCACAGCCAACCAUCGAAUCAGCCUGCACGUCCAGCUCAACAGAGGCAACAGACCAGCUCAGCUCCGCAGAAACCAGUUCCGGUGGUGCAUCAGGGGGAAAGGACUGAGGUCAAGGCUCAGCCUGCUGGUCCAACCCAACCUCCAUCCGUUCCUGCCAACCACAGCACGUCUUGGGCAGACCAGCUUGGGCUCUUUAGACUUAAGACUCAGCUACGAAUCUCGGGAAUUGGAGACGCGGCAUCUGGGCCGGCAUUAGGCAAGGUUCAGCUCACUAUACAGUCCACUCACUCUAACUUUCAACUCAGGGUCUCUGCCUAUGCUCUCGGCCAGCUCACCAACUCAUUACCGACAUUCUCAUCAAGUCAGCUCACAUGGGAUCAUCUGGAGGAACUCCAGCUCGCUGAUCCUGAUUUUCUCACACCAGCACCAAUUGAUAUCCUUCUUGGCGCUGAUGUCUAUGGGCAGCUCAUUUUACCGCAAGUCAUCACCAAUGGACCAAAUUCACCUUCAGCUCAGCUCACGCAGCUAGGGUGGAUCGUAUUCGGACCGACGGAAGGUCCUGGUACUACUCAAGAGGCAACUUCUCAUCUAGCGGUCACCAACGAUGAUCUCAAUGAACUGCUCACCAAAUUCUGGGUCCAGGAAGAGAUCCCUGGGACAUCAGAGGUUCAGCUCACCGAGGAAGAAGCUCAGUCGUUCCUCAAGGAAUACAAGGAAUUGGAUCACAUGCGGAGAGUACCCGGCUCAUCUAUCAGUUCAGCUCUUUCGGAUCAGCUCACAGGGGGCCGCAACGCCCCUGGGAUGACCUUGGCACAUGAAGUUUCGGCUUCAGGAGGGUUGAGGAUUCCAGGCGGUACGUGGUCUCCUCAGGCUCAGUCCACGCCGGAGUACUUCUUCCCUCAUCACGUAGUUCUCAGGGCAAGCAGUGAGACAACGAAGCUCAGAGUUGUUUUCAACGGUUCUAACAAGACCAGCUCAGGACAAUCGUUGAACGACAUCAUGCACACGGGUGAGAAGUUGCAGAAGGAUAUCUCGGAUGUACUUCUCUUUUCGCGGCGGAAACGGCUCAUUUUCAUGACAGACAUUACCAAGAUGUUUCGUCAAAUUCAAGUACAUCCGGAGGACUGGCCACUCCAACAAAUAUUUUGGAACGACUCAAACGGAGAUAUCGUCCCCUAUCAGCUCACCACGGUCACGUAUGGCACAAGGUCAGCUCCAUUUCUCUCCAUACGUGUGCUUCAUCAGCUCGUCGAGGAUGAAGGGUUGAAGUAUCCCCUCGCUGUGGAACCGCUCAUGAAAGGACGAUAUGUUGACGAUAUCUGCGGAGGUGCUGACUCAGAUGAAGAGCUACUCAGGACUGCUCACCAGGUGACACAGCUCUGUUUGUCAGGAGGCUUUCCAUUAGCCAAAUGGCACUCAAAUAGCCCCGCUCUACUCACAUCUCUUCGACCUGACAGCACCUCUCAAGAACAACGAUCCAUAGAGGACUCGCUCACCAAGAUUCUAGGGGUUUCUUGGCAUCCUGGAACGGACAAUUUCAAGUUUUCCGUCGCUCAACCUGAGACCAGCUCAAUAUCGAAGAGAAUCAUCUUAUCGGAAACGGCUCAACUCUUCGAUCCACUGGGCUUUCUAGCACCAGUGGUUGUACGAGCUAAGAUAUUGCUCCAGGCUCUAUGGGUCGAGAAACUGGGAUGGGACGAACCAGUCUCGCCGAUGACUGCUCACCGAUGGCGUCAGUUCAGGGAGGAACUCACACAGUUGUCAGAGGUCACCAUACCUCGGUGGCUUGGACUGCUCAAAGACUCAAUUGUGGAGGUACACGGAUUCUCUGAUGCCUCACAAGUGGCUAUGUCAACCGUGGUUUAUCUCAAAAUCUUCAACGGGGAUAAACAGGAUAUCACAUUGGUCUGCUCAAAAACGAAGGUCGCACCGCUCAAAAGGCUGACAAUUCCACGUCUCGAACUCACUGCAGCUCUUCUCCUUGCCAAACUGACCAAAUACGUCAAGGACCAGCUCAACCUCACGAACGCCACCACGUAUCUUUGGACGGACUCAUCGGUCACUCUCACCUGGAUCAGCUCUCAUUCAUCAAGGCUCACUGGAGUUUGGUCCCAGGCAAGGAGAAUCCUGCAGACUGUGCGUCUCGAGGUCUAUCAGCGCAUCAGCUGGUUGCUCAUAAGCUGUGGUGGACAGGGCCGCCAUGGCUUCAACAGGACAGCUCAUCAUGGCCCUCACGCCUUGGAAAAGGACCUUAACGUAGACCUCGAGGAGAAGCCAGGAGUUCUCUUACAUCUCAAGGCUCAACCAAUCGCUCUCUGGGAUCUCAUUGACAGAUUCUCUUCGCUCAACCGCCUGCUCAGGGUCACAGCAAUCUGUCGAAGAUUCAUCGCUCGGCUCAGGAAAGUCCCUCAUGCAUCUCUUCAGUACCCGCUCACUCUUGGUGAUCUGGAAGAGGCUCGGAUCCUCUGGAUCAAACUCACGCAGGCAGCUCACUUCAAGGAUCAGCUCAGAUCAAUCUCACGAGGGGAGAGGUUCAGUAAAUCUCACCCUCUCAUCAAGCUUACACCCUUCAUCGAUCACCAAGGGGUACUGAGAGUUGGCGGAAGGCUCAAGUUCGCUCAUAUUGGCCCAGAGAGCCGGAAUCAAGCUAUCAUUCCGAAGGAAUCUCGGCUGGCUCAACUGCUCAUAGGACAAGCUCACCUCAGGACACUCCACGAAGGCACACAGCUCACUUUGCGACAGCUCAGAAGCAGCUACUGGAUACUCGGAGGCCGGGCACCAAGAUCUAUGAGUAGAGGAAGAGAUGACCGUUCGGAAUUGGACUCCGCAUUACUGUGCAGUAAUAGCUGGUGUGGUCUGGAUGAGCUCCUCAAUACUGGAAUAAGACACAGAGCAAGUGAGCAGAUCAAACUGACUGCUGAAGUUGAGGGGCGUCUGAUGAGAAAUGUGUUGAGCUUGAGGUCGCCGAUGAGAACGAUUAAGGUGAAAAAGAGUGUAGUGCUUUUCUUGGAACAUUCUGCAUGUGCAAGCAGUCAGGCACAAUUGACAGCUGCGCGUUCCAAAGUCAUUGUAGCACAAAUAUCUAAGAGGACUGCUGACAAGAACGAGCAGAUGCCACCUGGUUAA